AUGGUGCAGGCUGGCCUUGAAUGCCUCCUCGCUGAUGAAGUCCUCAACCUGCUUUUCUUAGCCUUGGAUGGCUCCGCCUUUCCACUUGAGACACGGGAACGGGCGUGUCUGCUGCUCUGCUACCUUGCCAACUCAUCUGAGAAGGUCAAAAGUGCUAUCUCCCGGGGUGGGUCGGCACUUUGGCAGUCGAUACUGACGACCCUCAAGGACUGA